AUGGCAGCCAUACCCAACUUCCUCAACCGUCUUAUUCGGCCAUUCACAUCCUCAUCUUCUCUCUCCGUAACUCCCGCCGGCGCAUCCCAAAUCUCCGUCCCGGAAUCCGCGCAAAAAUGCACCAUUGCCGCAGGCUGUUUCUGGGGCGUCGAACACAUGUAUCGCAAAGAAUUUAGCGGGAAAGGUUUAUACGAUGCACGAGUGGGAUAUAUUGGAGGUGAUACCGAGAAUCCUAAUUACAGAGCUGUGUGUUCGGGUAACACUGGUCACGCAGAGGCUCUACAGAUCCACUAUGAUCCCUCACAAAUCACCUACCGCCAAUUAAUAACUUAUUUCUAUCGCAUGCAUGAUCCUACAACUGCGGACCGCCAGGGACCAGACACAGGUUCACAGUAUCGCUCUGGGAUUUUCUAUCAUAAUGAAGAACAAGAGAAAGAAGCGCGUGAAAUUACCAAGCAGGUUAAUGAGAAAUGGUGGAAAGGGAAGGUGGUUACGGAAGUCCUGAAGGCGGGUGAGUGGUGGGAUGCAGAGACAUAUCAUCAGAAGUAUUUGGACAAGAAUCCAGGGGGUUAUGAAUGUCCAAGUCAUUUUUUGAGAAAGUUUCCACCUUUGGAGGAUUAG